AUGGCCAAUCUCACAAAAUUGGAUUUCGUUGCUCUUGAUGUUUCUGGAAAAAACUACCUAUCAUGGGUUCUUGAUGCCGAACUACAUUUGGCAAGUAGCAAAUUGGGAGAAACAAUAAAAGAAAAUACUGUUGCUUCUGAGCAAGACUGUGCUAAAGCAAUGAUUUUGCUUCGUCAUCAUCUUCAUGAGAGCCUGAAGUCUCAAUAUUUAACAGUCAAAAGUAUUUUUCAACUCUGGAAGAGUUUAAAGGAUAGAUUUGACCAUCAAAAGACUGUAAUCUUACCACGUGCAAGAUAUGAGUGGAUACAAUUACGACUGGAAGAUUUUAAAACGAUUGCUGAAUAUAAUUCUGAAAUGUUUCGAAUUGUAUCAAAGUUGAGGUUAUGUGGAGAAGAUGUGACGGAUGAACAAAUAUUGGAAAAAACAUUUUCUACUUUUCAUGCAUCCAACCUUGUACUCCAGCAGCAGUACAGGGAACAAGAAAAUAAUCAACUUUUGUUGAAUACCCACCACCCCCGACCCACUGGUUCCAAGCCACUUCCUGAAAUUUCAGCGGCAUUGCCUGAAGCAAAUGCUACUUCUUCACAAAAGACAACAUCUGGUCAAAAUAUACCAGGCUUCUAUGAAAGCAAAGGGUAA